AUGGGUCGUGCGAACGGAAACGCUGAGAACAAGCUCCGGGGCUACAAGGCCGCUAUCUCCAACCCCAAAGUCUCAGAACCCGCUAAGUCCCACGCAAGAGAGGAACUCGAUCGGUACCAGGGUACCCAGAGUGAUGAUGAUCGAUUUGAAGGCAACGUCAAGCGCGGUCUGAAGGCUGCCAUGCACAACCCCAACAACACUGAUGUCGGUAGGCAGCAGGCGCGCGAGAAGCUGGAGACAAUGGGUGAACACCCGGAACAGCCAGCUGAUUAA